UGCUAAACGCUCAUUGACCAGGAGGAGGUGAACGCAGCGUCUGGGGGAGCUUCUCCGUCUGUCUGCUGGCAACCUGAUUGACUAACAUCACCCACGCCCAUAAAGUGGUAACAUACAGGAAAUGAACCGAGCUGCUAGAAGAACAGCCGUCUUUUCCCGCUGAGUCUCACCGGCUUGAUUGUUCCAGUGCAGUGGUCGUGAUUUCCGACUGAAGCCCGCCGUGAAACGCUAUCGGUUCUAGGUCUCUGAUGUGUAGCAUCCACUGUGCAAGUUAGCCGCUUUAGUACCGUGUAGCUGGCCCUCCCUGGUUCGGACCCAUUCAACGCUCAUUUUGCCUGCCUAACACUUCUCCAUCCGAAAAAUGGCAACCCAGAUCGAUAAAGAGGCUUGCAGAGAGGCUUACAACCAAGUGAGGGACGAUAACACUGACAUCAAUUGGGCUGUGUUUAAAUAUGAGAACAACAUCAUUGUGCCUGGAGGACAAGGGACUGACUAUGAGGACUUCAAGAGGAUGUGCACAGACGACGCUCGUCUGUUCGGCUUCGUCCGGAUCACGACGGGAGAUGCCAUGAGCAAACGAGCCAAGUUCACCCUCAUCACCUGGAUCGGGGAAUGCAUCAGCGGGCUGCAGCGUGCAAAGAUCAGCACGGACAAGACGCUGGUCAAAGACAUUGUGCAGAACUUUGCCAAGGAGUUCAUGAUCAGUGACCCGCGGGAACUGGACGAGGACUACAUCCGCACAGAGUUGAAGAAGGCCGGCGGAGCCAACUACGACGCCCAGGCCGAGUAAAGAAGUGCCACUGGAAGGGUCGGGUCAGGGCGGAGCAGCUGUGGGUG